AUGGCAGCCAUGGCCGAAACGCCCAAGCCCGAGCGCCUCGGCGUGCCGUCGCGAAACCCGCUGCCGCUGUCGGCCUCGCAGGAGGCCCAGGUGCGCGACAUCUUUUACGCCCGCGUGCGCAAGCAGUGCGCCGACGAGAUUAAAGCCUUUGCCGCCUGCGCCCUCGGCCGCACCUUUUCCGUGUCCUUUGCCUGCCGCGCCGAGCACCGCGCCAUGAACAGCUGCAUGAAGCUGCACGCCUCGCCCGAGGAGCACGACGCCGCGCGCGAGGAGUGGUUCGCCAUGCGCCUCGAGCGGCAGCGCAAGCGCGAGCACGACCGCAACGUCGCCGCCGCGCAGGAGGAGUUUAUCCGCGAGUGGUGGGGGCUGCCCGAGGACGUGCGCCUGUCGCGGCAGCGCGAGAUGGAGAAGCGGUACAGCGAGGAGCGCGUCGGCGGCAUGCCCGCCAAGGACCGCCCGAUACCGGGGAGGUGA